UCAACUAUAAAAGGAUCAAUGGAGAUUUGAAAGAAAUCCAUCAGCGAGGAGGAGAAAAGGAGAAAGAAAUAUUUGGAAGAAAGAGCUGCCUGAGCAGUUCAAAAUAUAUAUGAACAUGUCGACUACUGUAAGUUCUGUGUUCAAGCUUGGGAAGUACACAGUGAAUCUCCUCAGCGUCAGCAAUAAGAACUCUGCAUCUGUGUCUCCUCCUCCACCGAAGCCUCUUCUUGUCUCAACACCUAGCGAUGAAGGAGAGUUUCCUGUUCUCAUCUUCCUCCAUGGAACCUUUCUCUGCAAUUCCUUCUACUCUCAGCUCCUCCAACACAUCUCAUCUCAUGGCUAUAUUGUGGUCGCCCCUCAGCUCUACAUCGUUACAGGGUCUGAUGCAACUAAAGAUAUUUCUGAUGCCGCAGAAGUAACGGAUUGGCUAGUAAAAGGUCUGGUUAAAAUCCUUCCCAAUAAUGUUCAACCCAAUCUCUGCAAACUAGGCAUCGCCGGCCACAGCCGCGGCGGCAAGGUUGCAUUUGCUCUUGCUCUGGGCUAUGCGAAGACCUCGCUCACCUUUUCAGCUCUACUGGCAGUCGAUCCAGUCGACGGAACAAGCAAAGGAAAUCAGACCAAUCCACCCAUCCUCACCUACAUUCCGAGCUCUUUCGAGCUAAAAAUGGCGGCUUUGGUGAUCGGCUCCGGCCUCGGCGAGUUUAAGAGGAAUUGCUUGCUCCCUCCCUGUGCUCCAGAGGGAGUGAGCCACCAGGAGUUCUACGAUGAAUGCAGAGCUCCUGCUUGCCAUCUUGUGGCUAAGGAGUAUGGUCACAUGGACACAUUGGAUGAUGACACCAAAGGAAUUGUAGGGAAAGCUAGUUAUUGCUUGUGUGCCAAGGGGAAGACGAGGGAGCCUAUGAGGAACUUUGUCGGUGGAGUCAUGGUGGCUUUUAUGAGAGCUUAUUUGAAUGGUGAUAUGGAGGAUUUGUUAACUCUGAAGGGUGAUCCUGACCUUGCAAUACCUAUUGGUGUAUCAAUAGCAUCCUUUCAGCUCGAAUGAAAGGGCAAAUUAUUACGUCUGGUGUCUGGAUUCGUCCGGACAUCAAUUCAGACUCGCCACGUCACUAAAAUACAUCGGAUUCUAGUGUAUUUGAGUGUGUAGUGCGUCUGAAUUGAAUUUUCGGACGUCUGGUGACCGGACGUAAUAAUUCGCCCGAAUGAAAGACCAUCUUUCCAUGGUGAAAUUAUUUUGUGCGGAUAUGUGUACACCAUUCGGAGAUGAAUCAGAAUACGUCACGUCACCCGUUUGAUGUGUAACGGAUGACUUGGCACAUUCUGAUUCGCAUCUGAAUGAUUCGGUGCCCGCACACAAUAAUUUCUAUUUUCCAUGUGUGUUGUAGAUAGCUCGACUCGACCGGCAUUACCACAAUAGGAAUAAAUACUUUGAGACUAUCUUUGUGAGAGUUAGUAAUAUUAGAGCUAAUAUGAUCCUUUGCUCUAAAUAUUUGUUCUUGGGUUUUAAUUCGUUUUCUAUCAUAAAUGGUUGAUGCGAAUAAUAUUUCAUUUGGGAUA